CUCAGAUCGCGAGCUGCAAGCCUGUGUGCUGUGCGCUGGCGGCCCUGCAGUGACGGCGCACAGGCGCCAGUGACGUCAUCGAGUCCCCGCCCCCCUCUCCUCCUUCCUUCGGCCCCGGCGCGCUUUCGGUUCCAGUCGCUCGCCGCACUCCGCCCCGCGCGGAUCGGCACCCAACUCGACUUUGCAUUUUCGUCCGAGAAGAGGAUUUCGUCUGGCGGCCGCAUCACGAUUUAAGUGAAUUGAGGGUCUGCGCCGUGCGGAACUGCGGCGGCGGCUUCUAUCUGCGUCAUGUCCCAGCUAACUGCAGCACGUUUCAACUGCGGCAGGUUCCGACUGCGAGCACAUUUUCUGAAAGAAAUUUACAAUUUGGCACACGUCGUCGUCCAGCCAGGCCUAAUGUCCGCGUUCUCCGACACCGCUUGAUGGGCGUCCGGUCACCCACACGAAACCACGACGGAAGGAGUGGGAGGAGGACGCAUUGGUUACGUCCUAUGCUUGAUGCAUGGCAGAAUAGCACGUUGCAAAUGUGCUUCUGAAGAUCCUGUUCGGUGCCGCUGAGAUGUUUGCGUUGGGCGAUGGGGGCUUCACCAUGGCAGCCGCCGCUGAGCUGGGCCAGGGGACCUACACGGUGGUCUCCCCCUGCUCCGUGCGGCCGCACUCCGAGUAUCUCGUGGCCGUGGCGGUGCACGGCGCCGGCCAGGACACGUCCGUGCAGCUGGACCUCGUCAACAGCGGUGACAACGGCCAGAAUGCCACCUACACCGAGAAGCUGGUGGUGCCGGCCGGCUGCACCAAGACGGCGUGUCUCAAGGUGGGCGAGCUGCACGCCGGCAAGGUGCGCCUGUCCGCCAAGGGCGAGGGUGGCGUGCCGUUCGACAACGCCACGACGGUGCACUUGGACGCCAAGACGGCCUCGCUGUUCGUGCAGACCGACAAGGCCCAGUACAAGCCGGGGCAGGACGUGCGCAUCAGGGUGCUGGUCCUGGACCCUCAGCUGAGGCCGACCAUCGGGGAUCCCAUCAACGUGUUUGUCUCGGACGGCAAAGGCAACCGCGUGAAGCAGUGGCUGGGCGAGCGGCCGGAGGGCGGGCUGUGGUCUGGCACGUUCUCCCUGUCCGAGGGGCCCGUCCUCGGGGACUGGACGGUUGCUACCUCGCUGUCCGCCGCGCCAUCGGCCUCCGGCGAGGUAAAGAAGACCUUCAGCGUGGCCGAGUACGUCCUGCCCACGUUCGAGGUGACGGCCAAGGCGCCGAAGGCGGUCGCCUUCAGCCAGGGCAAGAUCCCCGUCACCGUCAAAGCCAAGUACACCUACGGCAAGCCGGUGGUCGGCAAGGCCACGGUGCGGGCCGCGCUGCCGCACUACUGGGUCAACCCCGUCUCGCCGCGGCCAUUCUCCCUGUUUGGCAGUGGCGUGGUCAGCCUCCCCACCAGCACGCCGCCCAGGCCCACUCACGUGGAGAAGGUGGUCCCGAUUGACGGCAGCGUCACGGUCGAGUUCGACAUGAAGGAUGAUCUCAAACUGGACGAGAACUAUCCCUGGAACCAGCUGACCUACGAAGUGUCCGUGGUGGAGGACCACACGAACCGCGUGCUGAAAGCCAGUGACGUGGAGAUCACCCAAGUCCGCCAGCACGACUUCGAGUUGCAGUUCCUCUCGUACGACUUCCAGCCCGGAAAGCUUGUCAUAGCCAGGGUGAAAGUGACGGACAUUGACGGCGCCCCUGUGCAGGACGAGAAGAACACCGUCAAGUUGACGUACACUUACGGAUGGAUGGACCAGGAGCAGAAAACGCUUGCAGAGAAAACUGUUCCAUCUACAGGGAUCGUCACGUUCGAACUGGAACCCGAGAAGAACAAGACGCAGAUCACUGUGACCGCUACUUACCGCAGCAUGACUACCGUCCAGCACAUGCACGCAAUGGGGGAGAGGAGGAAUGAGAAGGUCAACGUGCAGGUGGAGCAGGACAGCGUCAAGAUCGGCGACGACAUCGAGGUGCGCGUGUGGGCCUUGGUGCCACUGCGGCAGGCCACGCUGGUGGUGCAGGGCCCGCUUGGACUGCGGACGGUGCGGGACUUGCCCGCCGGGCUGGACGCCAAGAAGGACGGUGAGGACUCGGAGACGGGCACCACGGUGCGCGUGCGCGCCACCGCCGACAUGGCCCCCGUCUCGCGCGUCCUGGUGUACGCGGUGACGGCGGACGGCUCCCUCGCGGCGGAUGUGACGGCCGUCAAGGUCGACACGAACCUCGCGCCGGUGGAGGUCCGCGUGCUGCCGGGCCGCAGCGAGCCGGGCGGCGAGGUGGCGGUGACUCUGUCCGCGCGGCCCAACGCCACGGUGGCGCUGCUGGCCGUGGACCAGAGCGUGCUGCUGCUCAAGGAGGCCAACAACGUCGUGACGCGGGAGGACGCCGUCAAGGAGCUCCUCAGCUACGAGUCCAGGGCCGAGAAGCGCUGGGGACGAGGCUGCGAUGCGCAGAGCCUGCUGAGCAGGGGGAGGCCCCGGUGGUUGUCCGUGGAGGAGGUGCUGCAGGAUGCGGGUGUGGCCUUCAUGACGAAUGCCAAGACAGUGCAGAAGCCGCCACUAUCAACGACUUUCGGGUUCGGAACCCCGAGCAACUCAAGAGGGGUUCUCUUCGGGGCCACUUCCGUAAGCAUGGCGACGCCCAUGGCCGCCCCCGCAGCGGGUCUGGGGGGAGCAUUUGGAGGUGCGGCUCUGCAAACGCAACCGCCCAGGCUGCGGACGCUCUUCCCCGAGACGUGGCUCUGGGAGAACUUCAAUUCGGGUGCUGACGGGAACGUGACCCUCAAGAGGAUCGUCCCGGACACCAUCACGUCGUGGGUCGUGUCUGCCCUGGCCAUGGAUCCGAAACAGGGGCUGGGGCUCAGCGAGACGACAAAGCUGACGGUGUUCAGGCCGUUCUUCGCCACCCUGAACCUCCCCUACUCCGUGAUUCGAGGCGAGACAGUGCAGGUGCCCGUCAUCGUCUUCAACUACAUGGACGAGGACACCUCCGCCACGGUGACGCUGGACAACGAGCACGGGGACUUCGACUUCGCCGGUGACGACACUGGCGCCGCGAGACAGACGCGGCAGGUGGCUGUGCCGCGGCAGGGCGCCGCCUCCGCGUCCUUCGACAUCACCCCCAAGAAGGUGGGCCACGUGUCGCUCAAGGUCACCGCCAUCGGAGACAAGGCCGGCGACGCGUUGGAGCGGGCCCUGAAGGUCAAGGCGGAGGGGGAGACUCAGUAUCGCAACAAAGCCAUUCCGGUGUCCCUUGCCAAAGCAGAGACCUUCAAGACGAUCGUUGCCCUCGAGUUCCCCGAGAACACGGUGCCCGAUUCAGAAACGGUAGAAGUGUCUGCCAUCGGUGACGUUCUGGGACCCACCACAGCCAACCUGGACAAACUUAUCAGAAUGCCGUUCGGAUGUGGUGAGCAGAACAUGCUCAACUUCGUUCCCAACAUCGUCAUCAUGAAGUACCUCAAUCAUACCAACAAGCUGACCCCCGCCCUGGAACGCAAGGCUCGCUCCUUCACGGAGAUGGGUUAUCAGAAGGAGAUGACGUACCGACACAGGGACGGCUCCUUCAGCGCGUUCGGGGAGUCGGACCGCAACGGCAGCACAUGGCUGACGGCCUUCGUGGCCAAGUCCUUCCGGAUGGCCGAGUCGGUGGUGCCGGUGGAGGGGCGCGUCAUCGACGAGGCCCUGGCGUGGCUGUCCAGGCAUCAGGCUGCGGACGGCUCCUUCCCGGAGGUGGGCUCCAUCUGCCACCGCGACAUGCAGGGCGGCGCGGCCAAGGGGCUCGCCCUCACCGCCUACGUGCUCACCGCCUUCCUGCAGGAGAAGAAUGCCACGUCGAAGUACCAGGACGCAACCACGAAGGCGCUCAACUUCUUGCUCGAGGGCCGGUCCGACCUGGACGACCCCUACGCCCUCGCCAUCACCACCUACGCCCUGCACUUGGCCAGCCACCCUGCCAAGGACGAGGCGUUCAAGAUGCUUAACGCAAAGGCCCAGUCCGCACGCGGACUCCGGUGGUGGAGCAAGUCAGACGCGGCCGACCCUAAAAACCCGUUCCGCAGCCAGCCCAACUCCGUCAACGUGGAGAUGACGGCCUACGCCCUGCUGGCGUACCUGCAGCGCGGCCUGGCCGGGGAGGCAUUCCCCAUCAUGCAGUGGCUCAUCGCGCAGCGCAACUCCAACGGCGGAUUCGCCUCGACGCAGGACACCGUGGUGGGUCUGCAAGCGCUGGCCGCCAUGGCGGAGCGCAUGGCGCUGCCCGCCGGCGACAUGCGCCUCGUCUUCUCGUACGCGGCCGAGGGCGCCAAGCAGGACGCGCCCAUCGUCGUCAACGACGAGACUGGCUUGGUGCUGCAGCGGCACGAGCUGCCCCGCUCUGUCCGCGAGGUCGAGCUGACGGCCGACGGCACCGGCUUCUCGCUGGCGCAAGUGUCCUGGAGCUUCAACGAGGCCACGGCGGGCAAGCACCCUCUCUUCAAGCUGCGCGCCGAGGCGGCCAAGGCGACGCCCAUCACGCUCGUGCUGCGGGUGUGCUCCAGCUUCAUCGCGGGGCCGUGGGGUUGCGAGAGCAACAUGGCAGUGGUAGAGGUGUCGCUGCCGUCUGGCUUUGCAGUGGACCAGGACGCGCUGCCCGCCCUCAAGAAGACCGCGGACGUGAAGCGCGUCGAGACUAAGGACCAGGACACCGCCGUCGUGCUCUACUUCGACAAGAUGGACACCGAGGAGUACUGCGUCGAGAUAGCCGCCAUCCGUACCCACCUCGUGUCCAACCAGAAGCCUGUUCCUGUCACCGUGUACGACUACUAUGAUCAGACCCGGCGCGCUCGCGUGUUCUACGUGCCACCUUCAGCAGGGGCAGUGGACGAGAAGUGAAGCAGCCACCAGUCUUCGGCCCCGAGAUCAUCAUAUCUGUCUCGUUGUGGUUUCCUCGUGGAGUCUUUCGUGAAAAGAAAAAUGAGCCUGUUUCGCAAACUUUAUCCUUGCAUCAAAAUACGAAGGGACCUAGUUUCUUUAAACUGAGCGGAUAAAACAAAAGCUCUCCGGUUUA